GAAGGUCCUCAUGGUGCGGCCUCCAUCACCCGCCGCCACUCCCGCGCCCCGCUCCUCAUACUCCAGCCUCUCCUGCCUCCACGCUACCUCCGCCACGGUCCUCUCCGGCGCCACGCCUGGGUGCUGGUAUCUUGGCAACACCACCCCAGACCCACGUGUGAAUGUUUCAUCGAACAUCAAAUAAUUAUUGUGGACCAGCAACUCAAAAGUAGUAAAUUUUAAGUACGUAAGGUCGGCUCUCACACUUGACACAAUGCCACAGAACGAACAUAUUGAGCUUCAUCGCAAGCGCCAUGGCCGACGACUUGAUUAUGAGGAGCGCAAACGGAAGAGAGAGGCCCGUGAACCUCAUGAAAGAUCGGCUAAGGCAAAGAAGAUAUUUGGAUUAAAGGCAAAGCUCUAUCAUAAGCAGCGCCGUUCAGAAAAGAUUCAAAUGAAGAAAACUAUUAAAGCUCAUGAAGAUAAACUGACAAAACAAAAGGAUAAAGAUGCCGUUCCAGAGGGAGCCAUUCCUUCUUACCUCUUGGAUCGUGAGGGACAGUCACGUGCCAAGGUUUUAUCCAACAUGAUAAAGCAGAAGAGGAAAGAAAAGGCUGGCAAAUGGGAUGUUCCAAUACCCAAAGUUAGAGCACAGUCUGAGGCAGAAGUGUUCAGAGUUGUUAAAACUGGUAAAAGGAAAGCAAAGGCUUGGAAAAGGAUGGUUACAAAAGUAACAUUUGUUGGGGAUCAGUUCACCAGAAAACCACCCAAAUUUGAAAGAUUCAUCAGACCAAUGGCUUUAAGAUUUAAAAAAGCUCAUGUCACCCAUCCAGAAUUAAAAGCUACAUUUUGCCUUCCCAUUAUUGGGGUUAAGAAAAAUCCAAGUUCGACAAUGUACACAUCUCUUGGUGUAAUUACAAAAGGCACAGUUAUUGAGGUCAAUAUUAGUGAACUUGGGCUUGUUACCCAAAGUGGAAAGGUUGUGUGGGGUAAAUAUGCUCAGGUUACAAACAACCCAGAAAAUGAUGGUUGUAUUAAUGCUGUUCUUUUAAUCUUUGUGAAGACUUUAACUGGGAAGACCAUCACUCUUGAGGUCGAACCUUCUGAUACUAUUGAAAAUGUGAAGGCUAAGAUUCAGGAUAAGGAAGGCAUUCCUCCUGACCAACAGCGACUGAUUUUUGCUGGCAAACAGCUUGAGGAUGGUCGCACUCUUUCAGAUUAUAACAUUCAGAAAGAAUCGACCCUGCACUUGGUGCUGCGCCUGCGUGGUGGUGCCAAGAAACGCAAGAAGAAGAAUUACACCACCCCAAAGAAGAUCAAACACAAGCAUAAGAAAGUUAAGCUGGCUGUGUUGAAGUACUACAAGGUGGAUGACAAUGGGAAGAUCACCCGGCAGCGUCGCGAGUGUCCCAGCGAGGAAUGCGGUGCAGGCGUCUUCAUGGCCAACAUGUUUGACCGCCAGUAUUGUGGUCGAUGCCACCUGACGUUUGUUUUCAACAAGCCUGAAUAAAUAUACUUGUGGUA